AGUACACUGCGCAGGACUGGCACAUCAGGUUUGGCAGAUUACUUUUUGCAGUGUAUUUUUUUUUGACAGCAUUUGGCAGUUUUUUGUAGGAAGAUGCUUAAGUUAACGAUUAAAGAAGAUGCUUAACAGUACAUAUAUACUUUACAUAUAUUUUAAAAAGACCUGAUAAAAUUGUUAGAGACAAAAUGAUUAUGAAAAAUAAAAGCGUAAAUCUAUAGUAGUAAUUUUAUGAAUUAUAAAAUUCUGAUAAACACUUUUUCCUCGGUUUAUGAUGAACAAUUUUAGAAUUAAUAAAUAAAUGUGACUGUCAAACAUGUUAUAGAUUUUGUUAGCAAGUUAAUAAGAUGUGUAAUAUAUUUCACAUUUUGUUAAUAUUGAAUACUAUUUGUUAACACAUAUAUUAUUCAUUUCAUAUUUAGAAGACUAGAAUCAUAAUCAAUCACAUACAUAUGUUAAAUUAUAUGUUAGCAAGGUAUGUGUAUAGUUAACGGCUAAUGAUAUUGACUAAUAUGCUAUAAAAUUUGUUAGCGAGUUAACAAAUUGUGUAGCAUGUUUUACAUUUUUGUUAACAUUGAAUUAUGCUUGUUAACAUGUAACAAUUUUUUUAUUAGAUUAUAUUUUGUUAUAAUACAUUAAACAAAUCAAUAACUUAAUAAAUAUACUAUAUAAUUCAGCAUCAUUUACCAAAGUUAACACACUAUGAAAUUGACUAUUAAAGUUGUUACAAUUUUUGUUAGCGAGUUAAAAAACUAUGUUACAUGAUACGCUUUAUCUUAACGUUGAAUACUACUUGUUAACAUGUUACAAAUUAUGUUAUCGAAGUAAUAUAUAUAAUAAAAUAGAUGAAAAAAUUGACAAUCAUUACACAGAUCAUUAAAAUAGAUGAAAAAUUGAUAAUAAUUCAAACAAAUGAAAAAUUGAUAAUCAUUAAACAAUUUUUUAUUAGGUUAUAUUUUAUUAUAAUACAUUAAACAAAUCAAUAACUUAAUAAUACACUAUAUAAUUCAGUAUCAUUUACGAAAGUUAUCCACUAUGAAUUUGAGGUUGUUAUAAGUUUUGUUAGCGAUUUAACAGGCUAUGUUACAUGUUACGCAUUAUGUUAACAUUGAAUACUACUUAUUAACAUGCUACAAAUUAUAUUAUCGAUGUAAUCAGAUAUAACUGACCGAAGUUAGUAAAAUAGAUGAAAAAAUUGAUGAUCAGAAAUAGUUAGAUAUUUGAAACCAUGAAUUUGGUUCGUAAUUGAUGAGAGAUGAAAGAAAAAAAGGAAAGAGGAUGGAGGAAAAGAAAGAAAGAAGAUGAAAAAUAAAGAGAAAAAACAAAAGAGAACUAAAAGAGAAAAAGAAUUAUCCAACAGAUAGAAAAAUUAUUCUGACACACGACAAACCUAAAAAAGUAACCUGCAGAGUGGCAGAGGGGUAAAAUCGUCCGACGAAAAAUGUUUACGAGAUUAAGGAUAGAUGGUGAAUUAGGGGUUGGUUUAGGUGCAUUUUUACCAAUUUCUCUUUCCUUUUUCAGCUGCUCUUUAGUUACUUUUCUCUUACGGAACCUUUUAACAAAAAGGUAACAAGUGUUACGAAAAAGGAAAAUCUUUUUAAAAUAAGAAAGAUCUUUCUAAGUGCAAUAUUCCGACCGUUAAAUGGAAAUAACACGAACACAAGAAAGGAAACUCGUUGCUAUUAAAUACCACACUACUCAGGCAGUGCAACAACAACAACAACAAUACAAAUUAAAGAAACAUAGCACUGACUAUUCGGAUAGAGCUCUCCUCUAGGUAGUUUCUACAUUUUUUUUCUCUGUGCUGCAUUCUCGGUCGAACUCUAUUUCUUGCUAUGUUUCUAGUAUCCUCUGUUAUUCCAAUGGACGUUGCAAAGUCGGAGACUUUAAACACAAGCGACUCUUUCUUGCCUCCCAAGAAACGUAUGAGACUUGACGAACCUCCCACCGACAAUGCACUAGUUUCCACUGCUAUAGACAAGGUUUCUUUUUCAAACAAUACAAAGUACAAGGGAGUUGUUCAGCAUCAGAACGGUCACUGGGGGGCUCAGAUUUACGUAGACCACAAACGGAUCUGGCUCGGGACUUUCAAAUCAGCUGCUGAAGCGGCCAUGGGGUACGAUAGCGCAUCCAUCAAGCUUCGGAGCUUCGACACAAACUCGUAUAGGAACUUCCCUUGGUCUGAUUUAACGGUCCACGAACCGGUGUUUCAAAAAGGCUACACAACAGAAGCUGUCUUGAACAUGAUCAAAGACGGUUCUUACCAACGUGAGUUUCAAGAUUUUCUCAAAAACCGUUCUCAAGUUGUCGUGGGAUCAAAACAGAACCGAAGAGGUGAAGAAUCGAACAAGUGCUUCUCUUGCACGCAGCUUUUUCAAAAGGAACUGACAGCGAGCGAUGUAGGGAAACUCAACAGGCUUGUGAUACCUAAGAAGUAUGCAGUGAAGUAUUUACCUUUCAUAAGCGAAAGAGAAGAGGGUGAAAUAGUAGAAGACGUUGAGGUUGUGUUUUAUGACAGAGAGAUGAGAUCAUGGACGUUUAAGUAUUGUUACUGGACAAGUAGCCAGAGCUUUGUCUUCACCAGAGGAUGGAUUGCUUUCGUCAAGGAGAAGAGCCUCAAGGAGAAAGAUGUGAUCACUUUUUACACUUGUGAUGUUCCGACAUUAGAAGGCCAGAGCAAGAACUUCUUGAUGGUCGAUGUUCAUCGCUUUUCAGACAGUGACUCUGUGGUCACUGAUGAGGAAGUAAACAAGACAGUUCAUAACAGUUCUGAUGAUGUAAUAUCGAAACCAGAUAACUUCUCUAAAUCGAAGUUAGGAGAAGAAGAAACCAAACCAGAGGAGAACAAAGGAGGGUUUAUGUUGUUUGGUGUUAGGAUCCAAUAGUUUAAAGAAUAUAUAUAGCAUGUCAUUGAAAAUAAUAAAUAAAAAAUUGGAAAUAAAACACAGUUAUCACGGUAUUGUGGAACUUAAUUUUCAAAAUAAAUUAAAGGCUAAGUCUAUCUUCUCUCUUUCUCACGUCCACAAACCAACAUUGCAAACCACUAAAAUCUAUUAGAAAAGAUACGUAUUGCACGCUCUAUCCAAAAAACAAAUAUAUUUCUGGCAUGGUCUAGGAUCAUGAGAUUCAUAACCAUUUAGUAGAUUCAUAAUAAUUAUUUAAUUGUCAAAUUCUUUUUACAAUAAUUUUAAACAUAUUAACAUUUUCAUCUUUCUUUUUCGUUUAACAAAAUAUAGUUGUGAUAUUACAUUUGCUCUAAAGAAAUAAGACAC